UUUUUUUUUACAAUACUUUUUUUUAGCAUAACUAAAUAAAUUAGUAAUAAUAAUUGCAAACAAUGAUUAUAUACGGUGUAUAUAUUGUUAGUAAGUCUGGAGGUCUAAUAUUCAACUUGGACAACAAUGUGCCACGUAUAGAACAUGAAAAAACCUUUACGUAUCCCCUAGAUCUCAUGCUAGAUUACAAUCCCAAAAAGGUUACAGUGGCAUUUAAUCGUAAAGAUGGUAUUAAUGUUGGACACGUUUUGGUAGCUGUUAAUGGCGGCCAAGUGAACGGUGCUACUUUGGAGGAUGGCCGUGAUGUUAAAACAGUAUUGGAAUCUGCCGAAAAUUAUCCCAUAAACUUAAAAUUUAGCCGUCCUAAAAUGACAACCAAUGAGAAAAUCUUUUUGGCUAGUAUGUUCUAUCCCCUGUUUGCCAUUGCCAGUCAAUUGAGUCCCGAACCCAAAUCUUCGGGCAUUGAGAUUUUAGAGGCGGAUACAUUUACGCUGCACUGUUUUCAAACAUUGACGGGUGUUAAGUUUAUUGUUAUCAGUGAAACGGGUCUGAAUGGUAUGGAUAUAUUGUUGCGCAAAAUCUAUGAAUUAUAUUCAGAUUAUGCUUUGAAAAAUCCAUUUUAUUCACUGGAAAUGCCUAUACGUUGUGAAUUAUUUGACAAUAAGCUGCAGGCUUUAUUAGAUUUGGUCGAAAAGACGGGGAUUAAUAAUUUAGAGAAAUGAGUAGAGCUUUAAUUGAAGCCCAUGUCUUGAAUAAAACAAACUGAAAAGAGCAUUAAAUAAUUAUUUAACUAUGUUUUAAGUUUAGUUAAACUAUGAUUCCAUAAUAAAAGAUAUUUUUUAUUUAUUUGAAAUGAAACACAAA